AUGUCAAAAUUUCCAGCUGAUGAACAAUUCCAAUCACCACUUUUUAAAUUACCCCCAGAGGUGCGCGAUUUGAUAUACUGCCGAAUCCUUCUCAACGGGGCCAAAACACAGCACAUUCGAGUUUACUACCGCUAUCCCGCCCCAGGAUGCCUCCAGCGAGGCCCUUGCAGUCCCAUUGCGGACGAGGAAUUCAUCAAGGAACAAAUCAGCAGCGAUACCUCGAGCGAAGAGCUCGACUCCCGUUUGACAGACUACGCACGUGAUCCUUACCGAAAUGGACACUUCAACUGUCAACAGAUCUUGAAAGACGAUCCUAGGUUUCAAGAAUAUCAGCUCAGCUCAGCGGUACCUUUGUUCCUAACCUGCCGCAAGAUCUACCGAGAGGCGGUGCCCAAAUUGUACUCAUUCCGCUUCAACUACUUCGCGGACGCGCUCUUGUUUCUGCGGUAUGCAAGGCUUGCAGAGCUGGACCGCAUCAGAAACGUCGAAUGCUUCAUGGAGAUAGAGUACUUGGCGGACGUGGAUCUUCGCGAGCUGUGCGGCAGGCUGGCCAACUUGACGAGUCUGCAGCGACUGCACAUUGUCAUGGAUCCGGGGCAGAAGGAGGAUUCUAAUGUGCUGCCCGUGAAGUGGUUGGAUAUGCUGAGCUUGAUUAAACGGCCUGAGAGAUAUGAGGUGCACGUUUUAGGUUUGGAAGCGGAUGAGAGUGAGAGCUACGAGCCCGCUUCGGAGCAGAGACCGUUUGUGCUAUGGCGGAAACGGGAGCCGGCUUGGAUCUAUGGACAGGCCGAAAUUCUGGCCAAAGGUGUCAAGGCUAUCCCUGAUGUUUGCAAGAUGUAUUCUCAACCUGUCAUGAAGGAUGACUGA